AUGGAUGCACUCCUGCAGACCCUUGGAGCUCAGACUGUCAACUUCGCCAUCAGAUCUGGCCUCGCUCUCACAUCACGCUAUGCUGUACAACAGUGUUCCCGACUGCUGAAGUCGGUCAAUGACAAGGCGGUUCGCGCUGAGCUUAGGACGUUGCAAAAGGUUCUCGACGACAGAAUCAAGAUCCUCUCACCCGCUCUCGACCUCAUCGAGUUCAAAUCAAGCAGGGGCAAUGCAUUCCUAGAAGCGGCGGUGCCUCUCGCCAAAUCACUUCACCGGGAAAUCGUUCGCCUUGGGAAGCGCCUCGACAGCGCGGCCACUGCCGAAGAAGAAUGCUAUGGCUCAAGCGCCAACCGCCGUGGGAGCCGUGUGUCGGAAGCACACCAUGCCGAGCUACUCGCCAUCGUUAGAGACAUCAAGGAGCUGCUCGCGCGCAUCGACCGAGAUAUCCCGCUCCUGCAGUUUGCCAUCACGGUGUCAGGUGAGAAGAUGUCCAGCACCAUGACGCCUGGAAUCUCGCCGUCCAGGAUGAUGCAGGCUAGUGCUCUGCUCUCCUUCGCAGAUGCGCAAUUCGUUGCAAAUCCCCGUCAUCCCAUGCAAGUUGGGUCUUGCUUUACCCUCUCCCUAUACAUGUUGUUUCUUGGCCACUCCCAGGUUGGUCCGAGUCCCGGCUCGGAAGAUGUCUCGCCUUUGACUCCGCCUGGCAAUAAGGACCAUAGAGCCAAGGAAGUUCCUUACGGCCUUGGAGAAGGUGAGAGAAAACCUAUCUGGCAGGAGGUGAUCCAUAAGGCGCGAGUACGGCUUUGCCGAGUCCCUGCCGACUGGACCUUUGAUCCUGCUCAGGGAUACAAACCCGGCCAUUCCUACGGCUCACACUUCCCCGAAGCUGUUUCGCGGAGGAGAGCUGUCUCAUUACGAGGGCUGUCAGAUGGGUACUCGUACCACCUAGAGAUCAUAGAAGACUUGGAUGACGGGAGGCUGCAUGACGGGGAUGAAUCGAGAUCUCGGCCCUACGAGGAUAUCCCAAUGGCCGGCCUCCGAGAAUCCAUACCGAUACACCAGAUCUCCAAGAUUUUUUACACAGACACUGGAAGAAUUCUCAACAUCGGAAACAACGAUGAAAGGGGCAACAACCCAGUUCUCCUCCUGAAGAGGGACAUCAACGCAAAGUGCCCAAUCAGAAUGCGGCAAGAGUGGUUUGAAGAGCCAGAGCCGGAAAAAGAGACUGAGUCACCCUCUAGUACUGCAGAUGAUUCAUCCGAAUUUGACGAACAGGAGGACGUUGAUCGACAGCUAUGGGAGGAAAGUGAACAUUCUCCCAAGUCAUGGGCAAGCCAGGACGGCACUCGAGCUACGUGCUUGCCUGCACACCUGGAUCCUGAAUGGCUGGCGUUGGAAGUGUACACAGAGGAAGACGGCAGCGAUGAUGAGGAUGAAGCGGACGAAGUGGACGAAGAAGGUGAUGACACUAGAAGCGAGUCUGGAGCCCGGCAACAGGUAUUGAGUGGCAGCGCCCAAGCGUCUGGCGACGGGCUCUCGCCGGAUUCCAAUAUCCUGGCUCAGCUUGAGCACGUCUCCAUUAGCGCAAGUUCGCCUGCUCAGGACCCUGGUAGGCAGCCCGCAGUCUGUAUCCAGAAGCCCCGGGAGGACGUAGGGGCCUCCUAUGUCACGCGGUCUCCGUUUGGGUCGAUCACAUCGUCCCUAUCGCUGCUGGAAAUGCUGAUCCGACUCACUAGCCUGCAGGAAUUCCAGCAGGCAUCGCACUUGGCCAUACCGGAUCACAUUCUGAUGUUCUUCUUGGAAGAGACCUCAACGACAGGUCUCCACGGCGAAGCACACUGGCAAGCGCGGACUGAUGCGAAGCGGCGGAUGGGGUUUGAUCCUUAUACAGACAGCUUUCCGGCGCAAAACGGGGAGUAGGGUAGAGAUGAGAACGUUGGGGAGCAGUUCUUGCGGGCUUAUCUCGCGACAACGAGCCACGCCAACCCCGUGUCGCUACCUCUGCGAUUCUUCAUUUUGCACGCAUAAUCCACGGCUAGCUUCGGCACAAUUCACAAGACUGUCAUCG